UCUUGCUAAUUGGCCAAUGGCCAAUGCCACGAAGUAAACAAGAAAGUCGAUGCUCGGGGAAAGUCCAUGAGGAAUCAAUAAGACAUAGCAUCAGCAAUGAAAUACGGAUCAAAAUAUAUGAAUGGGCAUUUACUUAUUUCAGUAUUUAUUGGCGCUCACCAUAUUCCUAUUUCUGCGCGUUUUGAAUCUUAUCAGUGGUUUCGCCAGCGAUUUUCUGAAUACAAUGGCUGCGGCUCAGCAGACUGUCGGUGGAUCAAGUGAUGUCCAAGUCCAAAGUUCAUUUCCUUUGCCACCCAAGAUGUUCAUAAGCAAGUAUACGGAUGAGGCUGUUCAGAGGGAUAUUGCUCCUAAGCCUCCAGCUCUGCCUGAUGGUUCUUACAUGAUGUUUGGACAACAAUGUCAUCAAGAUGACCUGAUCAUCAGACCUUUGGAAAUGCAGGGACUUCAACGGCUCCAUCCACCUGUAUAUGACAGAAGAAAGGAAUUGAAGAAACUCACUGUUUCUAUACUCUGCAAUUUUUUAGAUUUGUUGGAUGUUCUUGUUAGUGCUACAGAAUCUGAAGCACGCGAUAAGAAGAUAGAAGAUUUGAACAUGCUUUUUAUACACAUACAUCACCUAAUAAAUGAAUUUCGUCCUCACCAAGCUCGCGAAACUCUUAAAGUUAUGAUGGAAAUGCAACAAGCACAAAUGCUAGACGUUGGCGAAAGGUUAUGGAAACAUAUUGAAAAAGCUGGUGAUAUAUUGUCAGAGUCUAGUAGUCAACUUGCGACAAUGCAAGCAGAGAAUCAGUCUGCAGUUGAAGCCAUUGAGCUAAUGCGAAACCAGGAACCUAUGAAUGUUGAUUCCAUGCUUACUGAUUUAUCUAGUACUGAUUUAUCAACAUCAAUAUCUCAGAAUGCCCAGGGUAAAAACAGUAUGGACACAGAAACAUCUGAUAUUGUGAAGGACAUAUUCAAAAAGGAUAAAAUUUUAAGCGGCUUUAUCAAUGACAUGAAUGACUGAUAGCAAGAUAUUUACCUGGCACUAGCAAUAUGACAGCCCUACCCAGUUUGCAGGGUUGCUAUAAGAAAUGAUUUGUCUGUUGGGUUUCAUCGUGCGAUUUCUGGAAUUAUGUACUCUCAAUUGUGAGACUGUUAAGAAGCUAUCACCUAUUUGUUGCUAGCCAGACUAGAACCUGCAGCUACUUGAUCAUUCAUGGAAUUGAAAUACUACGUACACUCAGAUAAUCUCUUAGGCAUAUAUUUUAUGUGUUCACUAUACAUGUAUAUUCUAUUGUGGUCUAUGCGCAUUUGCAACAGAUAUCAUGUGGCAGCAUGCAUAAAUAGUAAUUUUCUACAACAAAGAAAGUUUUCUAAACCACCUGGUAAACGAGUUAGUAUUAUGUUAUAAAGCAGUAAAUAAAUUACGGUAAAUGCUUGCUGCA